AUGGGAAGCAUGGCAGGUGCAAAGCUUGCUUUGAUGAAACGGGCAAUGGGGUUUGUGCCCGCCGGCUUUUUUUUCCCCUUCGUCGGACGACCUCUCCAGGAGGCUUGCGGAGCUCAGAGACUCCGCGGCGGCGGCUCUGGCGGAGGCGAAGAACUUGGAGAAGCUAUGUCUGGGGAGUUGGUUGCAAAAAAGCUGAGAUUGAGUCAUUUGAAAUGGUGCCUCCGUGUUACCAACCUGGGGGUCGGAUUGCUUGCUGUUAAGUGUAAAGAUCUUCGAAGUUUGGAUCUUUCGUACUUGCCAAUCACAGAUAAAUGCUUGCCGUCGAUCUUCGAGUUACAAUAUCUUGAAGAUUUGGUUCUAGAAGGAUGCUUCGGCAUCGACGAUGACAGCCUUUCUACCUUCAAACAUGGGUGUAAGUCGCUUAAGAAACUUGAGAUAUCUAGCUGUCAGGACAUUAGUCAUGUUGGGUUGUCCGUCCUAGCGAGCUGUAGUGAAGGAUGUUUAGAGCAACUCGUAUUGUCAUAUGGCUCUCCUGUGACUCUUGCUCUUGCUGAUAGUUUGGAAAAGCUUCCAACGUUGCAGUCAAUCAAAUUAGACGGUUGCCUGGUUACCUGUGCUGGACUAAAAUCCAUUGGAAAAUUGGUGCUACCAUAG